AUGAUGGCGUCGUCAUUCGCUAAUUGCUCGUACGCGCCGGACCCCGCUGGCGGCGACGCGGGUCCAUUCAACUACGGCGAGCGGAGCCUGCUGGACGACCGGGACAAGCGCGGCGUGACGCGCGCAUCGAGCCUAGCGCUGCCCAACCACUCGCUGCUCGAUCUGCUCGAGCACAAGCAGAAGCUGUACGAAACGAUCCACCUCAAUCCGCCACCGAAGGGCAACGGGACCCGGCGCCACUCGUCCGACUCGUUCCCGAUGAUCGAGAACGACAACUUCCAGAUACCGCAGCGGCAGGGCAAGAAAUCGAACCAGGGUCUGACGGGGCCUGGCGGUCCGCUGGUGCCGCCCCCGGUACCGAAGCGCACCUUCCAGGGUAACUUUCCGCGGAAGCCAUCGGAGUCGUCGUUUGAGUUGCAGAAGCGUGCCUCGCUUCUGGCGCUGGAUAGCUAUCAGCAGCAGCAGCACCAGCAAAACCACGUCCUUCAGCAGCAACUUCAGGCACAGAUCCACCACCAAGCGACACAGCAGCAACAGCAGGCGGCCUACGCCCAGUACGUACGCUCCGAGCGGCUGUGCAAGUCCGCGUUCGAGGAUCAAUCGUUCAGCUACUACUCGGCCCCGAAGAGCGCCAAGAGCGCCGGUGCGAGCGAUCGGUCCGCCAACACGCCGGGGAUCACCAGCAACGGCGGUGGUGGUGGCGGCGUCGGCGGCGGCACCUGUCACAGUGUCAGUGCGACCAGCUUCGACGAUCUCGGCGAGCCGGAUGACUUCGUGAUCUUCGGCAAGAAGAUGGCGUCGAUCGAGUCGAACCGCUCGUCGAGCGACUCGAACAAGUCGCAGACCACCAUCGACACCGGGUACGUGUCGGCGAACGAAACCGAGCGCUCCAUCCUGACCGGCGGCAGCAGCUCGUCGGCCAAGGGCACCUCCUCGUCGUUCCGCAGCCGGUUCUCGUCCGAGGACACCCAGUCGUCGCUGGACAGUUUCCUGUCGUCUGAGCUGCACCGCACCGACACGAUCGAGUCGCUGCCGCUGAACGAUUCGCCCUUCAGCCUGAAGAAGAACGUGUUCAACUUUGACCUGAAAACGUCUCCGCUGAUCCGCGCCACUAGCACCGUGUCGCCGAGCUCGCUCGACGACAGUUCGCCGCGCAGCCUGGAAGGCGGGAAGGGAUCGCGCAAACUGCCCACGGUCCCGACCCGCAAGCCAGGAUCGGCCGGGAUCGUGAUGCAACCGAAGCUGCCGCCACCGGGCGGAUCUCGCAUGACGCCUCCGUUGCCACCGUCUCGAUCGCAGCAGGCAUUCGAGACGAGGAAGCUCCAGAAACUCCAGCAUCAGCCGACGCAGCUCAACAACGUGGCCACGGUGCACAAGUCGGCCCUCGAGAGCCUGCAGGAGCUGUACAGUCGCCCGCUCGGUAUACGGCGCAACAUUCAUCGGCCACCGCCACUCGGCCAGCAGCACAUGCUGGGACCGACGGGACCGUCCAGGGGGCAGCACCUGCAACCGAGCCAGCGGCAGGACCCGAGCGACGCGUUCUCCAUUACCUCAAGCCCGAGCUAUCAGGGCAAGUCGAUCGAGAGCUCGCUGUUCGCGUGCUCGACGACAGCGUCCAACGGCAAGCCGCCCAGCAACAACCGGUCGAGCAUCCGUGGCCUGGCCGCCCUGGUUGACGUGUCGCCGACCGUCACCGCAAGUACGUCGGCCACCGCUGGAACUGGAACGCUGACGACCACCAUCACCACCACGAGCAGCAGUAGCAGCAUGAACAACACGAGCGCCGUCGCCGAGAGUGUCGCUGGAGCACCGGCGAUGCGGUCAGUGCCGCCGAGGGUCAGCAUGCGCCAGGACUCGAGCAUUUCGAGUGACAGCUUCAGCCAAACGUCCAGCCCGAGCUACAACUCGAAGAUCAUGGAAGCGCCGCUCCUGUCGCACGCCGCCAAGAUGCCCAAGGUGUCGAAGGCGAUCGCGAAGAACCUGGACGAGAUCGCCAAGGAGGGUGCCGCCGGUCCGGGCGAUGCGAACGGAACCGCGGCCAUCAUCAAGAGUGCCUCGACCCCGGCCAGUCUGCAGACCAUCGUGCGGCUCUCGAACGGUUCGAACGUGAGCCUGCAGCACAAGAAGUUUCAGAUCCUGAAGGCUCGUAAAAACUCCAACCCGUACGUCACCAGCGGGCGGCUGAAGUUUCGCCUCUGCCAGAUACUGCUCAACGCGGUCGGACUGCUCGCGAUCGCCGGCGGACUGGCGGCGUACUUCAACGCGUACCCGACGAUCAAGUUCGUCAACCAAACGAUCACCCGUACGGCGGUGGCCGUGCCUCCAGCGUCCUCAGUGUCGCUGGAUGGUGGCACUGCCAUCAACGCCAUCUCAUCCGGAUCCUCCUCAGUGUCGGGGCCAGCGGGAGGGCCCGGAUCCCGGGUGCCGUACGAUCCCGCCCUCGGGUACCACCCACGGGGCGACCGCAAUCCGGCCCCCGGCAUCUGUCUGCCCGUGAUCGUGAAGUUCUGCCAGCAGCACCGGGUCCCCUACAACUACACCGUCUUUCCGAACUACAUCGGACACUUUGGCCAGCUGGAGGCGCAGAUCGAAAUUGACCUCUUCGAGGCGCUGGUCGAUGUGCAGUGCUACGAGCUUGUCCCACUGUUCUUAUGCUCUCUGUUUGUGCCUAAAUGCGGUCAUUCCGGUUCAACCGUACCGCCGUGUGAAAAUUUGUGUAGUGAGACUAUGCGCCGAUGUAGCUUUUUCUUCGACGUCUUUGGGCUCGAGCUGCCCGAGUACUUGCGGUGCGAAGUGUUCAACAAUGCCGUCUCGGACCAGGAGGAGUGCGUCGGGAUGGCCGAGUACAAGGAAUCGAUGAUCCGGUCCCGGCGGCCGAUGGCGUGCUCGGGCUUCCUGUGCGACAAGCGGCGCUGCAUUCCGACCGACUGGAAGUGCGAUGGACACGUCGACUGCCAGGACCAGACGGAUGAGGCGCAUUGCGAGUUUUGCGGGGAUGAUGCGAUCCACUGCGGCGAGGGGCGCUGCAUGAGCCAGAAGCACGUGUGCGACGGCGUGCAGGACUGUCCGUUCGGGCAGGACGAGCGGAACUGCAUCCGGUUGAGCGAGCGAAACGGUGACCUGGGACGCGGAACACUGGAGGUGUACAAGGCCGACCUGAAGCAGUGGGCACCGGCCUGCGUGAAGAACUGGGAUCCGGCCACCUCGCCCACCAUGAUCUGCUCGCUGCUGGGCUACAGCUCGGUCAACUCGAGCCGCACGGCGAUGCGCGGCUCCAACCGGACGCUGAUCAGCACCAAGGACGCCUCGGCCAUGUGGCGCAUGUACCAGAAGAAGCACACCAACCUGAUCAAGGAGUUCAACAGCUGCGACAUCAACUCGCGCUACCCGGUGGCCGAACUGACGUGCUCCAAUUUCGAGUGUGGCAAAGUGCCGAACAAGAAGUACUUCAAGGCGACCAAACGGAUCGUGGGAGGCUCGACGUCCAAUCCGGGCGACUGGCCGUUCAUUGCCGCCAUCCUCGGUGGCCCGGAGGAGGUGUUCUACUGUGCCGGCGUGCUGAUUGCCGACCAGUGGGUUCUGACGGCGUCGCACUGUAUCGGAAAUCAAACGAUGCGCAACGUCAACGACUGGACGAUCCAGCUCGGGAUCACGCGGCGCCACUCGCACACCUACUACGGCCAGAAGGUGAAGGUGAAAACGGUCAUCCCGCACCCGAUGUACAACCUGCUCAUUCCGCACGACAACGACAUCGCGCUGUUCCAGCUCGCUACUCGCGUGGCAUUCCACGAGCAUCUGCUGCCGGUAUGCCUACCGCCGCCAAACAUCCGCGAGCUGCCGACCGGCAUCAACUGCACCGUCGUCGGGUGGGGCAAACGGGAAGAGCGUAACUCCACACCGAACGGUGCAUCGUACGAGCCCACCCUCAACGAGGUGACUGUCCCGAUCGUCAGCCGCAGCCAGUGUGCCGAGUGGCUGGAAACGUUCAACGUGACCGAAGGCAUGAUCUGUGCCGGAUACCAGGAAGGGGGUCGCGACGCUUGCCAGGGUGAUUCCGGUGGUCCGUUGCUGUGUCCGUAUCCGAACGAAAAGGACCGCUGGUUCGUCGGGGGCAUUGUCUCCUGGGGGGUGCGUUGUGCCCAUCCCAAGCUGCCCGGGGUCUACGCCAAUGUGCCGAAGUUCAUACCGUGGAUCAUGUCACAAAUCAACAACCACUCGGUGCUGCAAACAGACACGAUCGGCCGAUAA